CCGUAGAAGCUGUUUAGUACUUUGACACUAGAUUAAGAAGUUAUUUCUAAUUCAAAAUGGGUAAUCAAUCCCGUCCGGUAUCUUCCUUGAUACAUGAGGCCUCUAGAUUGGUUUCACGUAUUGUUGAAUCAAGCAAGCAUGGCGAGUGUAGUAUAACUCUUUGGCGUGAUUAUUCUAAUGCUGUUGUUAAUAUCGCUAGUUUUAUGGACAUUAAGGAUAUCGUCAAAGUCUUGGAUGCAUAUAGUUUUAUGCGGUAUAGGCAUGUAAAACUACUUGAUACGUUGGCUACACGUGUUUUCGAGUUGCUUUACAAGAUGAAUGGUACUGAUAUCGUUAGUGUAUUAAGAUCAUAUGCAAUUCUGGAACAUCGUAAUGACUUUAUGUUCCGUUUAAUGCUACCCGAGGUAUCGAAGCUUCUUGAGUUAUUGUCACUGACGGACUUAAGUUCAAUUUUUUAUUCCUACUCUAGAUUGGGCUACUAUAAUCACCAUUUAACAUCUUGUGUUGAAGCCGCCAUUGUUGAAAAUAUCCAACAUGUUCGUCCAAAGGAGCUAUCGUACGUCCUUAAUGGUUUGGGCAAAUUACGUGUGCGUUGGAAUAAACUUGAGACAGUUCUCGGGUGUCGUUUCUGCAGCAUUGUGGAUCUGUGCUCACAUACAGAUCUUGGUCUUAUUGUGAAUGCUCUUGGUAGGCUAGACUUUUGUGGUCAGCCACACUUAUUCUCGGUUGUGGAGACUGAAAUAUAUCGAAAGGCUGUGGAAUUAAAUUCGCAAUCGAUAUCUUUAGUAGCUAAUGCUAUCUCGCGUCAUAGCGAUGCCGGGAAGCCGCUAGAGUUUAUAGGACGUCAUGUGAAGAAGCGUUUAAAGGAGUUUGAUAUUCAUUCAUUAUGUUUGUUAUCUGCUGCUUUUAGUCGUCGUGGAAAUGUACGUGAGGAUCUAUUUGAUUCUAUGGCUGAGCGUGUUGGCUCUUUGUCUGUUCAGCUUUACCCGCGAGCUGUUGCUUCUCUUACAUUUUCAUAUGCUCGUACAAAGCAUCUCUAUGGCCCCUUAAUGUUAUUUUCCGGUAAACACUUGGAGCGUUUUAUGGACUUCUAUACUUGUAAUGAGGCAGCUAUGGUCCUAAGAGCCCAUAAUCUGCUUAACAUAAGGAAUGAAGAUAUGCUAUUGGCCUUAGCAUCCAAUAUAUGUAAAUGCUAUCCGGAUAUGGUUUUGGUCCGUGGUGACGACACAGUCCCAGAAGAACGCUUAUCAUACGCUAUUGGUGUGCAAUUUAAUGAUGUUUCAGAUAAUGAGUUCAUAUCCCAGGAUCAGCACGUACAACCGAACGAACGUAAAGCAAGUGACACGACAAACGAUCCAGAUAUGACCCAUAUAAACCACUUGGUUAUAAUUCCAACUGAUAUAUUCUGUAAUCAAGCUCGCUCAAAAAACUUUUUACAAUCGGGAUUGUUGCACUCACUACUAUGGAUAAUACAGAGUUAUGCUAUGCACGGGGUGUGGAACGAAGGGGAUGUAAAAGGAGCGUUACAACGCGUGGCCAAUGAGGUUGCAUGUCGGCAACAUGAGCUAACUCCAUUGGUGACGUGUCAUUUGCUCUAUGCUCUAUCGAAAUUGAACUAUAGAUUCGAUGCUCUAUUAGAGCUUCUGUUGCUCGAAAUACGUGACCCGCGUAUUAAUAGUGUAUUUGAACAGGAUUACCUCAGAGUUGCAUACAGUGCUAUGCUUUCUUUUGGAAUUGACCCCGAGAGCAAUGGAAUAUACAGAAUUGGAACCACUGAACUAAAAUCGCUUAUGGAGAGAUGCAGAAAUGACACUAUGAAAGUCGUUAAAUGUAUAACUCACAAGGAUAGGCAGCGUGAUACAGCCAACAUAUUAAAAAUUACUGUUCCUUUUGCCGAUGAUUCUUAUGAACCAACUCAUUUGAGCGACUCUCAAGUAACUUAUGUCCACAUACCUGUGUGCGUUGCAACAUCUGUUAAUGCAGGACGCCCGGCAAAAGAUUUUGCCGAUAUGUUGAAGUAUAAUUUUGCGAUUUAAGGCUUUUGCUGUUGCUUCUCUGCGAAUCGUUGACCUA